AUGUCUGGCAACCGCGAAUCAUUGCUCGACAUUCACAAGAUGGAUGAGGUGGAGCUACAAGGACGUCACCACAGCGAUCACUAUGAAGCACCUGCUGCACAACCAGUGGAUGUGGAACCAAAUUGGAGGGACGUGGGCGUAGUGAAUGAGACCUCCAAGCGUAGGAGCCAGACGGCCCUUUUCGACUUCUCAGAAGCCCCUGCGAAAAAAACUGUAGACGACAUUGACGGGGCUACGGAGAGCCGGGAGUUAUCAAGCGCUAUGGUGCCAGAUGAAGCGAAGGGUGCGGGAACCAAGCAGCGACGAAACAUAUUCGCUCGCGUCUUCGACGCCAUCAUCCCAAACGGUGGCCUGCUUUCAGGCGCAUUCAACCUGGCGUGUGUGACGCUAGGUGCCGGUAUCAUGUCGAUUCCGUCCGCCUUCAACACAUCUGGAAUAGUAAUGGCGGUGGUUUACCUGAUCAUCAUCACCAGCCUUACCGUGUAUUCGAUCACGCAGCUAUCCAUUGCCAUGCAGAAGACCGGCAUCUACAGCUUCGAGGGACUUGCCCGCGCUCUCUUCGGUCGCGGUGGCGACAUUAUUGUCGCCAUACUCAUGUGGAUUCUCUGCUUAGGUGGGGCGAUUGGUUUCGUGGUUGCCAUUGGGGACAUCUUCAAGCCGAUCCUCGCCCACCCUACGGUGCCGCCAUUUCUGCAGCAGAAGAACGGCCGGCGCUGCAUCAUGACCGCCGUCUGGCUGCUAUUUAUGCUGCCGCUGGUGCUACCUAAGAGAGUUAACUCCCUCCGCUACGCCUCCGCCAUUGGUGUGCUCUCCAUCAUGAUCUUUGUCGUCUGUGUUGUCUACCACUCCAUCGCGUACGGGUUCAAGGGCGGCAUCCGCAAAGACCUCGCCACAGUGCGUCCCGGCAACGCAGCCGUCUCGGGACUGUCCAUCUUCUGCUUUAGCUACUUGUGCCAGGUGAACGUCGGCCGCAUCAUCCUCGAGAACACUAACAGUACAACGCGUAAGGUCACGCUUCAAGCGAUCCUGAGCUGCAGCUUCUGUGGAACGCUCUACUUCCUCACUGGCUUCUUCGGGUACGCGGAGUUUGGACCUUCUCUACAGGGCAACAUCCUCGACAAGUACAACCCGUACCAGAGCCCCAUAUUCUUUGUUGUCUUUAUUGGUCUUAUUGUGAAGCUGUGCGCCGCCUUCUCGCUGGACAUGCUCGCCUGUCGCACAGCCCUCUUUCAGGUGCUGCACUGGGACGUGGAGACGAUGCCGUACUGGAAGCACACGCUGGUGAGCGUACCAAUCGCCAUCGCCGCUUUCGUCCUCGGCCUAGUCGUGUCCGAUAUCAACAUCGUCUUUGGCCUCGCCGGCUCCCUCUCUGGCGGCUUCAUUGGUUUUAUCCUCCCGGCGUUGUAUGUCAUGUACGCUGGCAACUGGAGCCUCAAGUCCGUGGGGAUCUGGCACUACCUCGGCACCUACUUUCUGCUGAUCUCCGGCGUCAUUGCGAUUGUCUUUGGCACCAUUUCCACUGUGUACUUCAGCUUCGUCUAA